UCCUCUGCAACUGUACUUUCUCGUGCUCCCAUUGAAGUGAUUACGGGAAGUCUUAAGGGAUGACAAGUUUCAGCACACUUGGACAACUAUGUGAAGAUAAAAUCAAUAGUGGUUUUCAAGAAUCCAGAAUAAAUUGCACAACAGGGAAAUAUGGCAAACUCUACUCUAUUCCAGAAUACAAGUUCUGGAAUAGAGUUGCUACCUAAUGCAUCCCCUUUUCACCAUUCCGACAUGCGUGAAAAUCCACUCCGGACUUAUAUCGUGGGAAUCAUCAUCUCCAUAUGUGGGAACGUGCUCAUCAGCGUCUCACUCAACAUUCAGAAGUACACCCAUGUGCGGCAGGCGCAGCGAGGCCUGAAGCCCUACUACACCUCCCGGCUGUGGUGGUGCGGCGUGCUGCUCAUGGGAGUCGGGGAGCUUGGGAACUUCGCGGCCUACGGCUUCGCCCCCGCGUCUCUCAUCGCCCCCCUGGGCUGCGUGGCAGUCAUAGCGAGCGCCAUCAUAUCGGUGGCGUUCCUUAAGGAGACCCUGCGAGCCACAGACAUUGUCGGCGGCAUCCUGACAAUAACAGGAACCUAUGUCCUGGUGACCUUUGCCCCCCAUAAUUCAACGCACAUCACUGCCAUGCUUGUCCAGUACUAUGCGAUGAGCUUGACCUUCGUCAUUUACCUGUUCGUGGAGGCGGUCCUGUUCUGCGUGCUGCUCUACCUGUACAAGAUGCAGAAGCUGAAGCACGUGGUGGUGGUGCUGCUGAUGGUGGCCUUGCUCGCGUCGAUGACGGUGAUCUCGGUCAAGGCCGUGUCCGGGAUGAUCACAGAGUCCAUCAAGGGCAACCUGCAGCUGCUGUACCCCAUCUUCUAUGUGAUGCUGGUCGUCAUGGUCGCCUCCUGUGCCUUCCAGAUCAAAUUUCUCAAUCAGGCAAUGAAAAUGUUUGAUGCCACAGAAGUUGUUCCAAUCAACUUUGUUUUUUUCACUGCAAGCGCCAUUGUUGCAGGAAUAGUGUUUUACCAGGAGUUUGACGGCCUGGCUCCACUGGACAUCUGCAUGUUUCUCUUGGGCUGUCUCUUGUCUUUCUUCGGCGUGUUCCUGAUAGCCAGAAACAGAACACAAAUAAAACCGCAAGAUCGCACUUUUAUCACAAUGGAUAAAGUCCCUGGAAGAAGGUACACAGAGUCUGUCCAGCCCGAGGCCAGCACUUCAACAUAUGGAUCCCUGGCAGACAGGUUUAUGUGCAGCAGGGCUGGCCAAUCAGACGACAGCUAGAACCAUCUGUUGGACCUUCUUGAGUGGCUGUGCUGCCCUCCCUGCAUUCGCUGAAGGCAGCGCACCGCGAAGAACUUUAUAUAAAAGAAAAAAUAUAUUUAUUUCAAAAAAGGAAUUGUAGUGUGUAUACAUUUAUAUAUAUGUGCACAAAUCAGUGGUAUUUCUGGCCACAUCUCUGAUAUUUCAUUUUGUGCCAUAAUUUUUUGUUUUAACAUUAACAGAGUGACAGAAAUAUGACUUAUGCUUGAAGCAAGUAGAUUAUUUGAGUUAAUAAUAAGAAUAAGAUUCUGCCUCAGGAUAAAAUGCAUAAAGAAUGCACAACAGAUCAAAAGUAAAUCUUCCAGCACUGUUUUCUUUGAAGAGACCAACCACCCCAACAAACACAAUCCGUU